AAAACUCUGGAAGACGGAGAAAGCUGAAAAGACACUUCCAGAUUAAACAGGACCCAAAAUUAAGAAAGAAACAGAAACUAAUCAACCAUCAUUCGCCAAAAAAAGGAAAAGGCUCCAUCCACUCCAUGCAUGCACGUUCGUCGUAGGUAGCUAGGUAGGAAUACCCAUUUCAUUUUCAUUAUACACCAUUUUCUUGGCCUUCCUCUGCCUCUUAAUUCUCCUCCUUCACACACAGCCAUGGAUCCCAAAUCACCAAUCUUCCUACUCGUCUCCAUCACCCUCCUCUCUUCCCUUCUUCACCACACCAAAUCCACCGCGGCUGCCCGAAACGACGCCGCACCACCCACCACCGUAGCUUCAACAUCAUCGUCACAACAUAAACAAGAAGAAGCCAGCCAGGUGGUGAUCGAUCCAGCCCUCCGCGGCGUGUGCUCCGUGACCGACAACCCGUCCAAAUGCGUGGAGCUCAUCGCCCCCUACGUGAUCGGCGCCACGGACCCGGUCUCCAUCCUCAACAUGGAGAUCGCGGCCCUGUACAAGAUGGUCGAGGACUCCAAAUCCACCGCCACCCGGGUCGCCAGGAGCCCCUCCACGCCGCCGUCCGUCGUCAAGGUGCUGGACGAGUGCAUGGCGUACUACGACUCGGCCACCGAUGACCUGGCCAAGGCGUUGUUCGCGUGCUCCGUCAAGGACACCCAGACGGUGAACCGGAGGAUGGCUUCCGCGGUGACUAGCUUCCAAAAAUGCGACGCUGCGUUUGAGGGGAAGCAAGGGGCUGCCGCCAAUAAGCUGGAGGGGGAGGCGGCCACGAUGCAUGAGAUGGACGAGGUCAUGGUUCAGAUGGUUGGCUUCGCCAUGCAGAUUUCGCAGAAGCUGGUUUCUAAAGCUACUGCCGCUGAUAACACCAAGAUAGUUAAUUAAUUAAUACGAAUUAGGGAUGUACGUACCUAGUCUAAUAAUUUUACAUAUAAAUUUUAUCGUCUGUUUUUUUUUUUUCUUGCUUCGUCGCUGAAUUAAUUGAAUACAUUCCACAAGAGAUUUUUAUUACGAUCGAUUUUCCCCAAUAUGCAGGAUUUGAACAAUUUUUGUAACAAGUUGACACUCGUGAUGAAUACGUUACACCAGCAAGUUAUAACUGAUUUCUACUCACUGUUGGAACUUGGAAGCUUAUUAUCCCAACAGAAUAAACCAAUCAAUUAGAUAAAUUAAUUAGGUGGAACGGAGGAGCGAAAAUUGGAUUAGGGAUGGGUUCAGGCGCCGGCCGACCUUAGAUUUGGUGGUGGUGAAUGAGAAUGAGGAAAAAUAUAUGAGUUCGGGAAUUUGGAUCUCGUGGAGAGCAAACCUAGUCCUUCUUCUCUUCUUGAAGACUAGAGAGAGGAUGGGAUCAUCGCACCCCGCCCCGACUAGUAGAGCCUACUUUUGAUGCUAUGGUAGUGGUUGUUGUGAGUUGUGACCUUAUGGUAGUGGUGCUAUAUAUGUACGUAAUUACUCGCACACGAUGGGAUGUUAUGUCCCACAAUCAACUUGAUAUGACCAUCUUACAAGAGUUCAUAAAAAAUUAAGUCAAUGUUUGAAACAUCAAAUGAGUACUUUUGUGGCACGAUAGGGGUGCAGUUGUGCCUAUCCUUGGGGUUGAUUUUCAAUCUUAGCCGAAGAAACGCUUCAUUUGGCUUUCCUUUAGUUACCUCAACCAUGUCUACUUCCACCACAUUGGCCAACAUGGUUGACAAGUUAGUUGCUUGUAGGAAUGCAUUGCCCUUAAUUUGUUCCAUUCCUCAUUCUCCUAUUUUUGGAAAAGAGACUCAUACCUCAUUGCACAUUAUAUGAGUUAGAACAAGAAGUACUCAGCCAAUUCCUCCAGUUAGCGCAUACGUGCCAAGUGACUCUAACAACACAUCCCAAUAGACGACAAUCAUAACUGACGAUCGGGUGUGGUAUAAGGUAAGCAAGCAAUAAAAAUAUUGAACCAUGGGUCUCCUUGUGUACCUUACUUCGGCUUAAGGUUUCGUUAUCUAGCCAACGUAGAAUAGCGAUUAAGAAACUAUCUACACUAAACUAACCACUAUCCUAGCUAAUUACAAGUGGCAGAGCUCCCUUAGCUCGAAUCCCCUUAGUUCUAUGAUUUGGAUCGAUUUUGAGUACUAUCCUAGCUCGAUCGACUCGCUACCCUACCGUUAGGAGAUAGACUCACUCGAGAUUGACCCGAAAUGGCGAAUCAACUCACUCGGGGAUUACCUACCCAACAUACGAUAGGAGUUACCCGAAAAUGCCAAUAAUGGGCUCUAAGGGGAUUAUCUUCCUCCUAGGUAUAAAUUUCAAUUGACAUG